CCCCCGGGCACUUUCCGAGGGGAGCGCGGAGCGGGCGGAGGCAGCCGAGCCCCGCCAUGGCCCCGGGGCCGCUCCCGGUGCUGCUCCCGGUGCUGCUCCCGGUGCUCCUCCCGGUCGCCGCCUUCAACCUGGAGGCAUCGCAGCCCGUCGAGUUCCGCGGGGCCCCGGGGUCCCUGUUCGGGUUCGCUUUGGACUUUUACCUGCCCCGGCCCCGCAGUGUCAGCAUCCUGGUGGGGGCCCCCAAGGCCAACACGAGCCAAGCCAACGUCACGCAGGGGGGGGCCGUGUUCCACUGCCCGUGGCCCCCCCAUGGAGACUGCGCCCCCAUCGACUUCGACCACAUCGGCCCCCGCACCCACGACUUUGGGGGCAACGGCUCGGAGCCCCCCCAGCCUGUGGAGUUCAAAUCCCUGCAGUGGUUUGGGGCCACCGUGCGCGCCCACAAUGGCUCCAUCCUGGCCUGCGCCCCACUCUACAGCUGGAGCCCCCCCAAGGAGGAGGGGGGGGCGCGUGAACCCGUGGGCUCCUGCUUCCUCUCCAUCGGCAACUUCUCCAAGUUUGUGGAGUACGCGCCCUGCCGCUCAGACCUGAACUCAGCGGCCGGGCAGGGCUACUGCCAGGGGGGCUUCAGUGCCGAGUUCACCCAGACGGGACGGGUGCUCCUGGGGGGGCCCGGCAGCUACUUCUGGCAAGGGCAGGUGAUGUCGGCGACGCAGGAGCAGAUCACGGCUUCCAGCUUCCCGGAGUACCUGAUCCAGGAGGUGUCCGGGCAGCUCCAGACCCGCCAGGCGGCCCCCACGCACGAUGACAGCUACAUGGGCUACUCGGUUGCAGUUGGGGAGUUCAGCGGGGACACGACACAAGACUUCGUGGCUGGUGUCCCCAAGGGCAACCUCACCUAUGGCUAUGUCACCAUCCUGAAUGGCACCAACAUGAAGUCCCUGUACAACUUCUCGGGGGAGCAGAUGGCAGCGUAUUUCGGGUACGCGGUGGCCGCCACGGAUGUGAACAACGACGGGCUGGCGGAUCUGCUGGUGGGGGCCCCCCUGUUCAUGGCACGCGCAGGGGGGGGCCGGGUGCAGGAGGUGGGCAGGGUCUACCUGUACCUCCAGGUGUCCGGGGGGGGGGACCCCAUCUCUGCCACCCCCUCGGCACCCACCAUGGCCCCCACCCCUGCCAUGGCCAUCACGGGACCCCUGGAAUUUGGGCGCUUCGGCAGCGCCAUCGCCCCACUCGGGGACCUCAACCUGGACGGCUACAACGACGUGGCGGUGGGGGCCCCGCUGGGCGCCGAGGGCCGCCAGGGGCUGGUGUACAUCUACAGCGGAGGGGGCGCCGGGCUGAGCCCCCACCCCAGCCAGGUCCUACGCGGCCGCGGGGCCCCCGGCCCCCACCCCGACUUCUUCGGAGCCGCCCUGCGAGGGGCCACCGACCUCGACGGCAACGGCUACCCUGAUCUCCUGGUGGGCGCCUUUGGGGUGGACACGGCCGUGGUGUACAGGGGCCGCCCCAUCGUCCACGCCAGCGCCUCGCUCAGCGUCUUCCCCACCAUGUUCAACCCCGAAGAGCGCGGCUGUGUCCUUGAGGGCACCGGCCACCACGUGUCCUGCAUCAAUGUCAGCUUCUGCCUCAACGCUUCGGGGCGUCACCUGCCCGGCCCCAUCGGUUUCCUGGUGGAGCUCAGCUUGGAUGGGGCCAAAGCCGGGGGGGGUCGCAGGGCGCUUUUUCUCGGGGGGGGACAACCCACCCGCGCCCUCCGUGUCCCCGUCCCCAACGGCGGUGGCACCCGCUGCCGCACCCUGGCCGUCUUUUUGCGGAACGAGUCGGAGUUUCGGGAUAAGCUGUCGCCCAUCGCCGUGGGGCUGAGCUUCGGCUUGGACCCCCGCGCCCCCCCCGACAGUCACGGUUUGCACCCGGUUCUGGCGGCUGAGACCAAGACCAGGUUGGAAGCCAAGGCUCACAUCCAGCUGGACUGCGGGGAGGACAACGUCUGCGUGCCCGACCUGCAGCUGGAGGCGGCCGCGGACCGUCGCAUCGUGUACCUCGGGGACCGCAACAGCCUCAACGUCACCUUCCACGCCCGCAACCUGGGCGAGGGGGGGGCUUACGAAGCCGAGCUGCACGUGCGGCCCCCCCCGCACGCCCAGUACACCGGGGUGCUGAGACCCCACGGGAACUUCUCAUCGCUGAGCUGUGAGCUGGGGGGGGGCAACGCCUCGAGCCCCCUCGUCUGCGACCUCGGCAACCCCAUGAAGGCGGGGGCCAGCAUCUGGGGGGGGCUGCGCUUCACCCUCCCCCACCUCAGCGACAGCAGCAAAAGCGUCCGCUUCGAGCUGCAAAUCCGCAGCAAGAACGCCAACAACUCGCAGAGCGAAGCGGUGUUGGUGCCGCUGGAGGUGCGGGCGGCCACGCGCAUCUCGGCCUUCGGCGUGUCCCGGCCCGACGUCGUCACCGUCCCCGAAGGCACCCGGAGCCCCGCGCAUCCCCCGCAGCGGCUGGAGGAGCUGGGGCCGCCCGUGGAGCACGUCUACGAGGUGGUGAACGAGGGUCCCAGUGCCAUCAGCCACGGCACCCUGGAGCUCAGCUGUCCCCUGAGCUACCGCGGUCACCCCCUCCUCUAUGUCACCGGCCACUCGGGGCCCCCCAACUGCUCUGCCAGCCACCCCCUCGACAGCCUGCGCCUGGCGGAGCAGGAGCUGCCGCAGAGCCCGGGGCCGCACGUCCUGCAGCGCCGUGACACGGGGGGGGCCCCCGCACCCCCCCACACCCUGGGCUGCCACGAGGCCGAGUGUUUCCGCCUGAGCUGCCCCCUGGGGGGGUUGGAGAAGCAGCAGCGGGCGAGCCUGCGCCUCACCUUCCGCCUCUGGGCACCCGCCCUGCGCCAGCGGGAGGUGCGCGCACAGGCGCUGCGCUGUGAGGCCGAGUACCGGGUGCUGCGACUGCCGUACCGCGUGCGCCCCCAGCACCUGCCGAGCCAGCGCCUGCAGGUGGUGACGGGGCUGCAGUGGGCGCGUGCCGAGGGCGCGGCGGGGGUGCCAGUGUGGGUGGUGGUGCUGGCGGUGCUGCUGGGGCUGCUGCUGCUCGCCCUGCUCUGCUACGGCCUCUACAAGCUCGGCUUCUUCAAGCGCUCGGGCCCCUACGGCACCGCCAUGGAGAAGGCGCAGCUCAAGCCCCAGGCGGCGUCGGAGGCCUGAGGGUCACAGUGCGGCAUCGCCGGUGUCACCCGCGCCCGCCGGUGUCACCCGCACCCAUCGGUGUCGCCCACGUCGGGACAGGCACCCCCAACACGCCGGACACCGCGGUGCCGGGUGGUGACAGUCCUGGCACUGCCACAACGGGUGCCACCACGCCUGGCAUCGUCACCUAACUGGGUGCCACCAGGACAAGAGUCACCACCCACAUGGGUGCCACUGGGAUGAGUUUCAUCACCAAACUGGGUGCCACUGGGACGAGAAGCAUCACCAAACUGGGUGCCAUCACGCCUGGCAUCGUCAUGAGACUGGGUGCCAGCAGGACAGGCACUGUCACCGGACUGGGUGCCACCGGGACAGGCAUUGCCACCAGACUGGGUGCCAGCAGGACAGGCGUUGUCACCACACUGGGUGCCACCAUGCUGAGCUUUGUCACCAGACUGGGUGCCACUGGGACGGGCAGCAUCACCGCUCUGGGUGCCACCAGGCUGGGGAUCACCAAACUGGGUGCCACUGGGACGGGGUGAUGCCACCCCACUGUCUCCGUCACCCUGGUGUCACCUGGUCGCGGUGUCACACCCCCAUGGGGUCACCUGGCCAUGGUGUCACCCAUCCCCGAUGCCCCCUGCCCCAGUUAUGGUGUCACCGAUCUGCGAUGUCACCCCCUCACGGUGUCACCUGGCUGUGGUGCCACCCUCUUGGGGUGUCCCCCAGCUGCAGUGUCACCCUUUUGGUGUCACUAUUCGUGUCACCCCCACACGGUGCCACCCCCUUGGAGUCACUCGGGGUGUCCCUGGUGGUGUGUGUGUCCCCCCCCUCGGUGUCACCGCGGUGUCCCACGGCCACUGCACUGCCCAUGUACCCCCCCUCCCCCCCCCCCGCGGGCACCUCACUUUGCACUGACCCCACACCCCCAGUUCGGGGGGGACACACGGACCCGCCCCCCCGUCCCCAAGUGUCCC